UCGGUAACUUAGUUCAGCGCGAACCACGGUCGGCUUGAGACCAUAAAGUCACAUUCUGUGCGCUGCCAGGGUCUUCCAGUGCAGUUCAGAUAGACACUACAUUUUUCGCAGAUCGGCCGCACCAGUUUCAGCCUGUGCGGUGAAACUUUGUUUGCGGGAUCAGCAAGAUGGAACGCAUCAGCGAUAUCGGGGCAACACCGUACGAACCGGCCCCACGUGGAGAAUCCCUGCGGAAGCUGCAAAACGGCGGUCGGAGCAGCGGGCUGGAAACGUUGAAGUUUGCUUUGUCGGUUGUGCUCGAUUGUUUGACGUUUGUGGUGCUGGUGAUUCCCAUUUUAGUCCGGUAUGCGGUUGGUCUGUUCGUGACACAGCCAAAGAAGAAAAUCGCCGGACAGCUGGCGCUGGUGACGGGUGGUGCGAACGGGCUCGGACGUGAAAUCUGUCUGCAGCUGGCAAAGGAGGGCUGCAACAUUGCGGUUAACGAUCUGGAUGCGACCAAUGGGGCGAAAACGGUGGACGACUUGCAGAAGAUGGGUGUGAAGGCGAAGUUCUACAAGGCGGACAUUUCCAACUUUGAUGCGGUGCAGGGGCUGCGCAAAGAAAUCGAGAACAGCUUGGGAUCGGUCGACAUAUUGGUCAACAAUGCCGGUGUGCUGCCGUUGAUGUCUCUUCGCGAAGGCAAGCCAGAAGACAUCCAGAAAGUGUUGGAGAUUAACCUGCUGUCGCAUUUUUGGACCAUUCGUGCCUUCAUCGAUGGGAUGAUCAAACGGCAGAGAGGUCAUAUUGUGGCGGUUGCUUCCGUUGCGUCGUACCUCCCACAGGGCCGAAUGAUAUGCUACGUUGCUUCAAAAUACGGUCUCCGUGGUAUGAUGGAAGCCUUCAGUGACGAGCUCUACUACGAAGGAGUAUCGAAUCAAAUAAAUACCACAAUCACAUUCCCAUUUUUCAUGCCCACCAGAAAGGAACUAAUUGACAUGCUCUGUAAACUGAAAAUCAUCGGCAGGGUGCCAAUUUUCGCACCGGAGAGAAUGGCACACCUGACCGUCAAAGGAAUCCUCACCAACAGUCGGCAGGUCUUUUUGCCGAGGAUUUUGGGUCCGGGAUUGAAGGAAUACGAAUUCAUACCGAACGAUUUGAAACGGCUGGGACGGAAACUGGUGUUUCAAGGAGAUAUUCCACGAUUGAUGCCGUUGCCCGCCUAGAGUUAGAACCAAACCACUUAGCAUUGAUAUUUCCACUAUUGUGGAAAUUCUUCGAGGCUGUAGAAAAUAAGUGAAUUAAACCGAUUUACAAUGGAAGAACUCUUACCAGAUUGAAGAACAAUUCAUUCAAGUGGAAAUUAGGUACCAUAAAAUGCUGCAAUACCUGAAACGAAAGAAAGAAAGUAAAUGUUUAAUAAAUACAUAGAAGAUUAAAGUAUCG